AGACAGGUACAUGCUAUUUAUUAGAGAUCUUUGCUUUGUCCUAAUUUCUUUUUUUAUCUUUUUUAACUAUUUUCGGCGUGGAUGCGAAGCCUUCGACCGGGAAGCUAUUUCUUUUUUCAAUUUCUUUCUACUUUUUUGUUUUCCUUUUUCUUUUCAGUUGCACCCCCCCCUCUUUGUAUUCCCGGCUCAUACACGCAGAAGAAAGAAGAAAGAAAGAGACUAGACGCUACUUUUUUUUUUAUCGUUUACGGGCUAUCAGAUUCGGACUGGACACGAAACGAAUAUACGGCUUGUUUUGUUUUUGUGUUUUUUUUUUUUUUACCUUUUUUCGAAUCCCCCUUCCCCCUUUCAUGCGCGUGGUUAUGUCUUUUCAGUUUUGUUUUUAUUAUGGGUUAUGGAUUCUAGGUUUUAAAAUUGAAGAAUUAUUGGACGUUGUACUUUGAAGAUGGAAGUGUAGAUAUUGGUGCCUUACCGCAGCCAAACAUCCCAAAGCAGGACUUUCUUCAUUGGUAUUUCGGUGGUGAGUUAACCGAAAUCAUGUUGUCCAUUUGUAUUCAGUAGUCAUUCAAAAA